AUGUAUUACAAGGGCUGGGAUAAAUCAAAGUGGUGUGAAUUCCACAGGGAUUACGGUUGCAUAACAGAAGACUGUAAAGACCUUAAGGAUGGGAUCGAAGACCUCAUCAGAAGAGGCUACUUCACCCAGUACCAAGCGAGGAUCGACCGGAAAUCUCCAUCUAGAGAAGAGGAAAACGGUAGCAGAAGGUCAGUGAAGGACAGGAUCACUGAAAUCCAUGUCAUAUCUGGAGGGCCGACACGAGGUGAAAGCAUACACGACGCCAAAGCUAGCCUGAAAGAGGUGAGGCACCAAGUGAACUACCACAACACAUGGAAAUGGCCGGCACCACCAACCAUGCCGUCUGUAGCUUUUACGUCAGAGGAUGCUAAGGGAAUCGUCUACCCUCAUGAUGAUCCCUUGGUAGUAUCUCUGCAGAUAUCAACGAUAAUGGUGCAUCGCGUGCUGGUAGAUGGUGGAAGCUCCGCCAACAUCCUAUACAAGGAGACAUUCGAAAAGAUGGGCUUCGACACUGCAUGUCUGAAGCUGGUCUCAUACCCUGUUAUCGGUUUCACAAGGGCAUUUGUCGUCCCAGAAGGAACCAUUAAGCUGGCAGUAAAGCUGGGGGAGGGAUCUCAUUCCAGGGACCUGAUAGUGGAAUUCCUCGUUGUUGACGUCCCGGCAGGGUACAACGCCAUCAUCGAACGACCCUUGAUUCAUGACGCCCAGGUUGUAGUAUCUGCUUAUCACCUUACAAUGGUAUACACCUCAAAUGACGGCAACCCUCAAGCACUCUGA